UCUGUGCUCUAAUGGAGGCAAUUAAAGUCUCCGGGUCACUCCCCACAACGCCGAAAGAGAGGCAAAAGGAGCAAUCUUGAAAACCAAAUAAUCCCCGACACCUCCACCCAGUCGUCGUCUACCCCAGAAUCAGACCUCGCCUUGCCUCCGCUUCUUCCAGAGAUUCUUUUAGAAAUCCUCUCAAGGCUUCCGGUGCGUAUCCAAAUCAUGGCGCCAUCUGAUUUCCAGCUCCGAUUUUGUGAAAUUGCACCUAAACGUGUCCUCUUCUAGGAGGGAUUAUGCCGACCACAAGAUUCUGGGCACUUUGGUUGGGCUGCCCCAAUUCACCAUGAAGCAAUGCUCCCUCAAGUCUGUGAUGUCCAGUCCCGUGACGGAGGCGUUCGAGGUCCAUUAUCCCUUGAGCAGCAUCCCAUACAAUUUAGUCUGGUUUGCUGGUUCCUGCAAUGGGUUGGUUUGCAUUGCUAUUGAAGAGAGAGCUAUGUUUAUAUGGAACCCGGCCACCCGGAAAAUCAAGAACUUGCCCGAUGCGGGCAUUGAGUUGAAGGCCAUGUUCCACUUUGUUUACGGGUUCGGGUAUGACGAGUUGAAUGAUGAUUACAAGGUGGUUGGUGUUUUCUCCAUCUUUCGCAGCAGUGGUUAUGGUGUAUAGUUUGAGAAAUGAUUCCUGGAGGAUAAUUGGGGAUUGUAAGGGUGGGGUUUUGUCGAACGGUCCGGGUAAGUUUGUCAAUGGUAAGAUCCAUUGGGCAAUGUAUCCUGAUUAUGAUAGUGAUACUGGCAGCUUGGAAAUUUUUUCACUAGACUUGUCUAAAGGAGCCUUUGGAAAGGUAGGAAAGCCGGAUUAUGGAGAAAGACCGUCUGAAUUGACAUUGGGAGUACUUUGUGGUGAUCUCUGUGUGAUGUGCCGGUAUGAGAAGUAUCAGUUGGACGUAUGGGUCAUGAGGGAAUAUGGAGUGGUUGAGUCCUGGACUAAGAUUGUAGCAAUUCCACCUACGGAUGAAUAUCCUUUGUACCAAUCAUAUUCCUCUCCAUUAUUAGGCAUAGCCAACAAUGGUGAAGUUGGAUUGGUGUCUGGAUAUUCAAACAUCGUCGUCUAUGAUCCAAAAACUCAAGCACUUCGCUAUCCCGAGAUUACCAACUUUGGUGACAUUCUUGAAGCCGAAACCUAUGUAGAAAGCUUAGUUUCUCCCAUUUCUACUGAUGGUGAAGCUAGCAGGGAGAGACCAGCAGUCGUAAAGAGGGCAAUGGACUAAUGAGAGGGUUUCUGAGAAUGGAUUUAAUUGGCUACCCAAAGUGCAGAAGAAGGGGCGACUUGGAGAUUUCCACGUCCACAGGGCUUCGCCUCUUGGUCUUUCAAUCAUCUCUGUGUAAUUUCUUCUUCUUCUUUGUCUUCUUUUAAAUAAAUAAAGCUGUAGAUCCCUU